GGCUUCGUCCCUUCUCUCCUGGCACGGGGAGGGGACUGCGGGCAGAGCUGGGUAAUGAUUUGUCAGUGCAAAGGCUGGGGUGUCUCUUUGUGGAGGAAAAACUUGGCCGUGAUUGACAGCAGGGCUGUUUUUGCCGCUUCCCUUGCAGUUGACAAGUAAUAAUGAAGCUUUGUCAGUCCAUCAUGGACAUGGAUAUGCCAGAUUACGUCGACUCCUUGGACUCCUCUUAUACCAUGCUAGAAUUUGAAAACCUUCGGGUGCUUCCGAACAACGCUGAGACGUCUAAUGGGCCCUGUUCUCUGCCCGCAGAGACCAUCGCAGCCGAAUCAGCAAACACCAACGUGCUCGCCAAUGGCAUCGGCUCCCUCUGCUCCAUCUGCGGGGACCGGGCGACCGGCAAACACUACGGGGCGUCCAGCUGCGAUGGCUGCAAAGGUUUCUUCAGGAGGAGUGUCCGCAAGAACCACGUCUAUUCCUGCAGGUUCAGCCGACAGUGUGUGAUAGACAAAGACAAGAGGAACCAGUGCAGGUACUGCAGGCUGAAGAAGUGCUUCAGAGCUGGCAUGAAGAAGGAAGCCGUGCAGAACGAGCGGGACAGGAUCAGCAUCCGCCGGAGCAGCUACGAGGACAACGGCUCGCUGUCCAUCAACGUGCUCACCCAGGCCGAGGCCAUGGCGCAGCAGUACGCGUCGCUGAGCCCGGUGCACAGCGCGGACAUUGCCAUGAAGAAGGUUGCGACAAUCAACGACGUGUGCGAGUCCAUGAAACAGCAGCUCCUGGUGCUGGUCGAAUGGGCAAAAUACAUCCCGGCGUUUUGUGAGCUGCCGCUGGACGACCAGGUCGCCUUGCUCAGAGCCCACGCAGGGGAACACCUGCUCCUGGGGGUAGCCAAGCGAUCCAUACCGUACACUGAUUUUCUAUUACUAGGGAAUGACUUCAUCAUCCCCAUGCACUGCCCGGAGCUGGAAAUCGCUCGCGUGGCCACCAGGAUCUUGGAUGAGCUGGUGAAGCCCUUGCGGGACAUCCAGAUCGAUGACAACGAGUAUGCUUGCCUUAAAGCCAUCAUCUUCUUCGAUCCAGACUGCAAAGGCCUGAGUGAGCCCGGGAAGGUGAAGAACAUGCGAUUCCAGGUCCAAGUCAACCUGGAGGACUACAUCAAUGACCGCCAGUAUGACUCCCGAGGCCGGUUCAGCGACAUCCUCCUCCUGCUGCCGCCGCUGCAGAGCAUCACCUGGCAGAUGAUAGAGCAGGUCCAGUUUGUGAAGCUCUUUGGCGUGGCGAGGAUCGACAGCUUGCUGCAGGAGAUGCUGCUGGGAGGAUCCACCAUCGACCUCCAGUACCAGUCCGGACCUCCCAGCCUCAACCUGGAACCGCUGCCAGGACACGUCCUCCCAAGCAGCAUGAGCUCUGUGAUUCACACUGUCCCAGACCCAUCUCCUGAACCAUCCCUUCCAUCUCCUUCUACAAGCACAGGCAGUGAAGACUAUAAACUAGGCCCUAGCGCAGGCCCCAGCGCUGUAGCGCAGCUCUUGCCUCAGACAGUUAUACCCAAGCAGGAGAUUUUAUAGGGAGAGUGGAAGGAGAAGCUGGGAGCAAUGUGGAAACCGUGCUGAAAGUGAAUCGGGCCCUUUCUUUUUGCAGAGGCAAAGCACGGCAACCCCCUGCCUGUCACCGGACCUGUCGGUCACACUCUUUCCUGACCGUGAGUAAAGCACCAGACACCAGACUGCAGCAGGAGCCUCGCCAUGGGUCAUCCCGCCACUGCCACCCUCAUUUGUCACCCCCAGUUCACAAGGGAUUGGGGUUAAUGCUCUUUUCAGUAGGACCAAGACUGUAAGCUCUUUGGAGCAGGGCUUUUGACUGCAUGUAUUGUCACCUAGCUCAGUGUGAUCACCACCCUUUUGAAGCCUUUGGCUGCUAUCUUAUAAAAACAAAUGCCUUACACAGCUCCUGUUAAUUGUUAAUGAAUACAGUCUGUCUUGAAUUGUCAGUAUGGAAAGGCCUAUCCCCAUUAAAAAAUUAAUUACA